AGCACAGGCAUCUAUUUGUUUCUUGGUAUAACUUGUGAUUUAUAUUUGUUAAAAAUGUUAAGCAGUCACCGUCAUGCUGUAACUAAUUCAAAAAAACGAUUUAAUUAUGAAGCAGCAGAUAAUGAUACUCACAAUCUCGCGAAAAGAAAAGAAGAGGCAGAUAGAGUUUUGAAGAAAUUUCCAAACUCUAUACCGGUAAUAUUUGAGAAAUCCGGAACUGCUUGGAACCUCCCUGUGCUAGAUCGACCGAAAUGGAUAGUAUCUGAAGUCACGACUAUAAGUCAACUUCAAUCACUGGUUAGGUGUAGAAUAAAACUACCACACUAUGAAGGCCUCUAUUUUAUAAUUGAUAACGAAUUGGUUGCUUUAGGCUUAACUUUAGCUGAAGUAUAUGAAAGAUACAAGUCGGAAGAUAAUUUUCUUCAUAUUACUUAUGCCAGCUGUGAAGCAUUCGGCUAAAUAACUGAAAUAAUGCUUUGAAGAAUGCCACAAAACCACCUUAUUAUAAUUUUCAUUGUUAAUGUUUCAACGUUUUCACUUUUUUAUAUUUUUGUAAUGAGUAUUAAUGUAAUAAAGAUAAGUUAAAUUUCA